GUUGUAGUGUGUAUCGGGCUACUGUUGUCAAGCACUAGUGUGUUGUAUACAGUAUACCGGAAAUCUUACUCGUUUUUACUCAUAUCACGUGACAAAAUAAUUGACUAAGCGACUCCCAUUCGUUUGUGUUGGAUCUGCCCGAGAUUUUGAGUUCUGUUCUGCUGCGAACUUAAUUAAUAGCGCAAAACGUUAAUUUCAUUUACUCCAAAAUGCACCAACUUAUACCGGAAGUCCGUUUCUCCAGAGAGCGCUACCAAGUACUGUGCAGGAUCGUGCUCGCACUGAGUCGCCUGACGCGGACGUGCGUCGCGCUCACCCUGUUCUUCGACAUGAUCGUCGUGUGUCUGUGCAUCUACGGGCUGAGCAGCGCCAACGUCUCCACGGGGAUGAUCCUGUCGCAGGUCUACCAGAUGACCAUCACGCUGGCGGGGAUCGCGUUUGUCACGGGGAAAUGGGGGCGACUUCACACAGCGGUAAGGUUGGUGUGUUCACGUGUUCGAUGCCGUGGCGUGCAGUUUUAUUGUUAUUGUUGAUGUUUGUGUGGUUGUAUGUUGUUGUUUUGUUUUCUUUUGAAGAAAGAAAAAUAAAGCGGUUGGGGGGGGGGGGCAUGAGAAGCUAAUGGGGACAGGAUUAAAUUAUUUUAAUUUCAAAUGAAAAACCUGAAACACAGCGGUAAGGUUGGUGUGUUCACGUGUUCGAUGCCGUGGCGUGCAGUUUUAUUGUUAUUGUUGAUGUUUAUGUGGUUGUAUGUUGUUGUUUUGUUUUCUUUUGAAGAAAGAAAAAUAAAGCGGUUGGGGGGGGGGGGCAUGAGAAGCUAAUGGGGACAAGAUUAAAUUAUUUUAAUUUCAAAUGAAAAACCUGAUGAUGAAAUUGUGGAUUUGAAUUAGUUAAUCUGAUUUCAGGAUCCUACCUUUGAGAUUUGCCAUUAAUUCUGUUUUUGUUUUUGUUUUUUUUUUACCUUUUUGAAAUACAUUUCUUUUUUAAUGUACCGGGAAACAAUGUUUUCACAAAUGAUGUUUGAACAAUAUCACUAACCUUUUUUUAAAGCAUGUUAAACCAACAUCACUUAUCUAACCUUUCAGUCACUCAAAACCAGGUGAAAAUCAUUCCAUAAAAAAAAUCAGUUGUUCAAAUAUUUUGGCUAAAUUAUUAAUUGUUAACGUGUGUUAGCAGUGUGACUGGCUACGUACAUUUUAAUUAAGGGAUACAACUCAAAAGGUUUUUAUCAAAUCUUUACUUAGACGCCUUUUUUUUUUUGGUAGGUUGCCCAUAAGUAAAAUGUAAAAUUUAAAAAUACAAAUACAGAAAGUUUUUUUGUUGUUGAUUUGUUGUUUGUUUGUUUUUUUAAAAAAAGGGCGGGGGGGGGGGGGGGCAAAAAAAAAAAAAUGUCCCGCCCCGGGUGGCCCCCCCCUUAUGGACGGAUGGUCCCAGCUGGCACUUGCAUAGGAUGAGAUGGAUGGACGGAUGGUCCCAGCUGGCACUUGCAUAGGAUGAGAUGGAUGGACGGAUGGUCCCAGCUGGCACUUGCAUAGGAUGAGAUGAAUGGACGGAUGGUCCCAGCUGGCACUUGCAUAGGAUGAGAUGGACGGACGGAUGGUCCCAGCUGGCACUUGCAUAGGAUGAGAUGGACGGAUGGAUGGUCCCAGCUGGCACUUGCAUAGGAUGAGAUGGACGGACGGAUGGUCCCAGCGGACACUUGCAUAGGAUGAGAUGGAUGGACGGAUGGUCCCAGCUGGCACUUGCAUAGGAUGAGAUGGACGGACGGAUGGUCCCAGCUGGCACUUGCAUAGGAUGAGAUGGACGGACGGAUGGUCCCAGCUGGCAAUUGCAUAGGAUGAGAUGGACGGACGGAUGGUCCUCCACGGGUGGAACAUUUUCAAGGUUGACGUUUUUCGGUCCAAAACAUUUAUGUAGGCCAGGGGUCUCAAACUCGCGGCCCGCCGGGGCGCGCAAGACGAUAUUUUGCGGCCCGAUACCUGACGGCAAAGUUUAGUGUUAAUGCGACCCGCGCGUUCCCCGUUCUCAUAUCUUUAAUGGAACACUUUGCGACGGUUUCGGUCGAAUCUCACCGACUAGUCUAAUUCUGAUUUGUUUAUAUGUUUGUGUAGAUUUGGACGUUGAUGAUAGUGGUAAAAAAAUUCGUUUUAAAAUCAGAUCAAAAGUUUUUAUUUUCUUUCAUUUUAUGAGACAAACAUGGCCAGAGUGCGGUUUUGAGAAAAGUUUAAAUUUGGUGGGUAAUGCACAACCAUAAUUGUGUAAAUCGUAGCAAUCGGACACAGUAUCAAAGAAUCCAUAUCAAAAUUGCCGCUAGUGUUUACGAGUGAGGGAACUUCUGAGCCUAUCUUCUUGGUUACUUUCAAAUUAGGGAUAGUCAAAAAGGCAUUGUCAACGAUAAAAAAACAAAAUUCAUUUAUUUCCCUUUACAAUCUUCUUUCGCAUAAAUAAUUCAUGAAUAUUGCCUGCUCCUGCCUACUGUUUCAACACGUUUCGGCCUUCAAAGGCUUCAUGGAGAAGGAUGGGUGGUUGUUCCUGUACUAAGUGAUCCAAAAUGGCUCAUGGGCUUGGUUUUUCUUGUUGACAUUACACAGGAGCUGAUUGUACUCAACAAGAAGUUACAAGACCAGGGGCAGCUUGUCAGUGAUGCCUAUGACACUGUCAGGGCAUUCGGCAAAAAACUUAUGCCAUUAUGCCAUUUCACAACAUGCAAAGUACUCAUCGACCCGGGCACACCAUUCAGUAGUAAGUAUGCUGAUGCCAUUGCAAAGCUACUGUUAGAAUUUUAUAACAUUUUUGCAGACUUAAAAAUGCACAGAGCAACGCUUCAAAUUUAUGCUGACCCUUUCUCCUUCAAUGUGGAAGAUGCCCCCCUCCCCCCCACACACACACACACUUUUUUUUCACUUCAAAUUGAGCUGAUUGCUCUUCAGUGCAAUUCUAAACUCAAGGCUAAGUUCUGGGAAGUGAAUGGAAAAACAGACAAGCAUAGACAAUUUAUGAGAGAAUUGCCCUCCACCUUCCUUAAGAUUUCUAGGUUGUUCAAGCGGAUCAUGUGCCUUUUUGGCAGGACCUGUCUGUGUGAAGAGCUCUUUUUCCAUUAACAAGUCAAAGUUCAGGUCCAAAUUUACUGAUGAGCAUCUUCGGGCUACAUUGAGGGUCUCAGUUGCUUUCUCACUUAAGCCAAAUGUUGCUCAGCUGUUUAAGAAGAAGCGCUGCCAGGUCUCUGGCAAUAAGGGGUAGUAGGAAUAAAGUGAAUCCAAGUUCUCGAGAACCUUUGAUGUUUUUUAUUUGUUAUCAAUAAAUGUUGAGCAGAUUGUAACAGUUGUACUUUAUUAAAUUUUUAAGCGCUUUUUUGUCGAAUACUUGAUGCGGCUCAAUCUCACUCAGACUCUACCUUCUGCGGCCCCCGGAUAAUUUGAGUUUGAGAACCCUGAUCUAGGCAACUAUUAUAAAUUGAUUAUGCUUGAUGUAUAUUUAGGGGCAUGGUUGUGCAAAGGGGGUCGAGAAGAGGGCACGCGUCCUUGGUGCCAUCUUCAGAGGGUGCCAGAAUCAUUCGUCACGUGGAAAAGGGCGCCUAAAUUCAGGCUCUGCUGCAGAAACAUAGCUUUUGUUUGCCACGGCCCUGUUUAGUUGCGCGGUAAAUUCAAAGUCAGGGUCCACCAUGGGUGUCACAAACUCCCCGCCUGCUGGCUAGGAUCCCUCGACGUCAAUUACUUUAUCACCCCCCUCCCCUCCCAAAGCCUACCACGGGUAGUAAUCACUUCACUAAUCUAACACGAGUUAAAACACGGCUACGUUAAUGUUUCAAGCAAUGACUAGCAAGCCGUUUCAUAUUCCAUUUGUUGUGUUGAUAUAAAACAAUCGAUACGUUCCCUCCCACAUUAAGCACAGCGAAACAGCACUUUACUGAUGGAGAAACAGAAACUAAAGAUUAGCCAAUGGGUGCAGUGGUAUGGUGAAGCCUAUGUUCUUUCCGAAACCACGACGUGACAGGUAUGGACAGAUUAUUUACUUUGACUACCAGAUACAGGUAAAAUAUCAUGGAUUUAAAUUAUAAUGGUGCACCACAUAUGUUUACUAUGCACUUUCAGGUUUAUUUUUAAAAAAAUCUACAUGAUACGAAUGUGUGUAUGAGUAUGUUGAGGGCGCACUUUUGUGAGUUCGACCUGGGAAAUUUAAGGGUUUCUAACUAUGGCUGGCCGAGACGGGUAAAAUAACAACUAUUACCAGGUACUAUUAUCAUCGUAUCUCUCAGAGCCGCUGCCAUGUUUGUUAACGGUAAUGAAUGCUCAAAUGUUGAGAAAUGAAGGCAAAUAUUCAAGCUAUCCCCAACCAAUGUUACAUUCAAUCGAUGACAACCUUUGGCAACCAGUCCACCAUUAUUUUAAGUGAAAGCUUCAUUAGGCUAAGGAUCUUUUAUACUAACAUAUAAAUAUAUUCGAGAAAGUGUGGAGGAAAAAAAGGUUGGGAGGGGGGAGAGAGAGAUAGAGAGAGAGAGAGAGAGAGAGAGAGAGCAGUACUGUUUUGAUUUCGCAUUUACAAGGACGUUUAGGAAAUGCAUGUAAAAAAAAUCAAUUAAUUUGUUUUCAGGUGAGAUUAAAUUAUCAAGAACUGCUCUCAGGUCGUGUUUGUUCAAUACAGAGUUCCGCGAUGCUUUACUCGUCUGCUUGAUGAUCGUCUGUAUCAAGCGCUGCUAUCACGUCAAACAUGAAUCAUGUUUUUGUUUGCAUCAUAUACAUAAUACUGUCUCCUUGGAGUAUAACUGCGUCUGUUAGGCCAUACUCUGUAGAGAAGAUAAGAGUGUCGCGGUGAGCGCGUACCGCAAUUAGUAUUAGCUUCAUUAAAGCAUAUCAACUGAUCGGUCCUCAACCAGCUCUGGUAAAAUUAAUUCGAAAGAAAAAAAACACUUUUUUUUUUUUAGUGAAAUCUUUUAUUAUUAAUUAAUCCGUUUUGAUUCCAUCAACUUGUGCACCCGUUGAACGUUAUUUUGUUGCUGGGGAAAUGUGACGUAGCCAGGUCUCCAGUCAAACUGACUGCAACUUUUAAAAUAUUUCUGACUGAAUUGCAAGAAUUCUCACUGCCGCUAAAUGCUCAUCUUCCUAUUCCCUUAUUAUAGCCCGGAGAUUAACUUGCUGUGACUGCAUGGAUGUCUCAAGUACGUCUCACUGCCAAGAGGUUCACAAGUACGUCCCAUUGCUAAGAGGUUCACAAGUACGUCUCACUGCUAAGAGGUUCACAAGUGCGUCCCAUUGCUAAGAGGUUCACAAGUACGUCCCAUUGCUAAGAGGUUCACAAGAACGUCCCAUUGCUAAGAGGUUCAUAAGUACGUCCCAUUGCUAAGAGGUUCACAAGUACGUCCCAUUGCUAAGAGGUUCACAACUACGUCCCAUUGCUAAGAGGUUCACAAGUACGUCCCGUUGCUAAGAGGUUCACAAGUACGUCCCAUUGCUAAGAGGUUCACAAGUACGUCCCGUUGCUAAGAGGUUCACAAGUACGUCCCGUUGCUAAGAGGUUUACAAGUACGUCCCAUUGCUAAGAGGUUCACAAGUACGUCCCAUUGCUAAGAGGUUCAAAAGUACGUCCCACUGCUAAGAGGUUCACAAGUACGUCCCACUGCUAAGAGGUUCACAAGUACGUCCCACUGCUAAGAGGUUCACAAGUACGUCCCAUUGCUAAGAGGUUCACAAGUACGUCCCAUUGCUAAGAGGUUCAACCACGGCAAACAAAUAAAAGUUAAAUCAAAUGCUUUUUUAAAAAAAAAUACUUUCUUAGUAAUCUUAGUCAUCCACGUUAUCCCAUAUUGCCUGUGUGCAAAUGGUGGUCGCCUACUUGGAAAAGAUCUGAAAGUUGUCUUAAACUUGGUGUUGAUCUCUUCAGCAGUUCAGGGUGAAUUUCUCCCGGGCCAUCACACUGAAAAGUUUUGGAAGCACUGCCCUAUGCAUGUGACACAAGAGAGUCAUCUAAACUAUAUUAUGUUUUAUUUGCUUACGUUUAACACGUCAAUUUCCCCAACUUACAGAUCCACUCCAUAUGCGGAGCUCUGAACAACACCAACUGGACGAAUUUUCCAACCAAGAUCUUGAGCAAGGUAACUGAGGUGUUUUUUUGUUGUUUUUUUUAACAGUUGAAACUAACAAAACAACUGGAUUCUAUUUAAGUAAGUGGACUUAUUUCUCACUCUCGUGUGCAUUCUUGAUACCAAAGAAGACUUUAGAAAAUGUAUCUUUCCCUUUCUUCACGAAUCAUGGUUUAAUAUAAUGAUCCCUAUUUUUAAAUCCUUUAUAUUAACUUCGCUUUUGCUUGUGGGUGGGUGGCAAGCAAAAUCUUCGAACGGCUAAUUGACCCACUUCCUGUCAAGCUAUCAAGCUAAAACUUGGCACAUAGAGUCUUUGCCCGUGACAACACAUUCUUUCAAAUUAUCAGCCCCACUUCCCAACCCUAACCCCCCAAAAAUCAUUUUUCCUUUUGUUCAAGAGGAACAUGAAGCUAAAUUCCCGAUAACUGCGCUAAAUGAUAUUCUUUUAAAAGAAUAUCGCAAGUGCGUUUGGUGCGUAAUAUUUUCUUUUGCUUUUCAGAAAUGAAUCUGCGUGUAAAAGCGGGUGGGUCAUUAAAAUAUUAAUAGAGUUCAGUGGCGUGAAAAAAAUGUGUGGUUAUGAGGCGGGGGGGGGGGGGNUAACCAUGUCACCAACGCUGCCAGAUGGCUAGUAUCAAAAUACACAAUUCUCUGUGUAACCAUGUCACCAACGCUGCCAGAUGGCUAGUAUCAAAAUACACAAUUCUCUGUGUAACCAUGUCACCAACGCUGCCAGAUGGCUAGUAUCAAAAUACACAAUUCUCUGUGUAACCAUGUCACCAACGCUGCCAGAUGGCUAGUAUCAAAAUACACAAUUCUCUGUGUAACCAUGUCACCAACGCUGCCAGAUGGCUAGUAUCAAAAUACACAAUUCUCUGUGUAACCAUGUCACCAACGCUGCCAGAUGGCUAGUAUCAAAAUACACAAUUCUCUGUGUAACCAUGUCACCAACGCUGCCAGAUGGCUAGUAUCAAAAUACACAAUUCUCUGUGUAACCAUGUCACCAACGCUGCCAGAUGGCGCUAAUUUCACUAAAUAAAAUUCCAGAUAACUGCGAUUAAAUUAUUGGGAUUCUUCAAAAUAACAAAAAUGUGUUUGGUGCGUAAUAUUUUCUUUAUUUUUAUGGAAUUAUUCUUAACUUAAAUGUGUUGUAAAAGGGUGUGGGACAUUAGAAUAUUUAUAUAGUUCAGGGGCGUAUCCGGAAAUUUGUUUAAAAGAAAUUUCGUCGACGGAAAAUUUGAUUGACGAAAAUUUGAUCAAACGGAAGUUUGGUCGAAUUUGUUUGUUUGUUGUUUUUUUUUUUUAGUUCACAUGAUCAAAUUUUCGACAAAUUUCUUUUUGAACGCAUUAUUUUGUUUGACUAUGUAGUAUAUAGUGCGUUCAUAAAAGAAAUUCCGUCGAUCAACUUUACGUCGACGAAAUUUCUUUCAAACAAAUUUCCGGUAACCGUUCAAGAGUUAUGGCGUACCGGGGGGGGGGGGGGGGGGGGGGGGGGAGGGGUGGGUGUUCACUAAUUGGGAAUCUUAUCAAGUGCUUUACUUGAAUGCAUGUUUUGUCAAGUAACUUCAGGAGAUGGGAAGUUCACGCACACAUUGCUGCCACCAUUGUUUGGCCGACUAUAUCCAGUUUUUUUUUUUUCUCUGAAUAAUUUUCGAUAAAAUAAUAAUGGUACGUGUACAAUGCUCUCCCUUUUCUCACAACUGGGUAAAAAUUAACGGUAGGCAUAUGUUUCAUAUCCUAAUACAAAUAUAUGCCUUCUAGUUAGCCCAACAUAACCGUAACUUUUAUUCUCUUUCACUUUGUCUAAUAUCACAGAUGAAUCUUCUACUGACUCAGUGCAUAACAAAAAAAUCUGGAAUCGACGUGUACGGACUCUUUGUACUGGAUAAUUCCACCCUGAUAAUGGUGAGUGGCAAGAUCAAAAUACAAGCAACUGUUGUAUUUGUAUUGAAAUAUUUCAACUUUCGUUUGUGUAUUUUGAAUGCUUCAAAUAUACAAUUUAAAAAAAAUUAAUAGCUAUAUUAAUUUAAUAUAUAUUUUAAUAAAUUCAUUUUUUAAAAAAUUAUUAACGGUAGUUGGAAGGCUCUCUUUUUCGAUUUGGACAAGAAUAUGUUAAAAUAUAAAUAAAUUAAUUGAUGCUAUGUUGUCUUCGGCUUUUUUUUUUUUUGGAUUAGUGAAAGCCAAACUGAAAAUCUCCAACACACACACAUUUCUAAACUCUCUAAACUUAAUUUUGUUUUUUUACAAAAUUAUUCACAAAAUUUAGGUCCUUUUUUCUUUGUUUCACCUCCAGAUAUCUGGCACAUUAUUGACCUACUGUGUUGUGGUUCUGCAGUUCCAGUUGGACAAAGACUUGACCAUCAAGUGUAGAGUGCGUGAAAACUAUACGACCUAUGAACACACCAAUUCUACAAAGGGCGCAUACUAAAUUAGGCCUGAACAUGAAUCGCACAGAACCUGGGCUGGAGUUCUGGUGUAAUUCGUUUGUAAUCGGAAUCUGAAUAUUAAAUCCUAUUGAUGAAAGAUUUACAUUAAAUAAAUCUAAAAAUAAAACUGAUGGCUUAAAAAUAAUAGGCCUACCAAUUGUAAAAAAUAUUAACAAGAACUCAAAUUGUGAGUGAUAUUUACCAUGUAGAGUUGUCCCUACGCAGCUGUGCACCUUGACUGAAUGCCGCCCCCCCUCCCCCCUUUCCCGGAGGUGGGGGGGGGGUCCAAACAUUGCGCCUUCUUACUUCGAAUUUAUCAGUAUAUUCAGUAGAGCAUAGCUGCUACCAAGUAGUAUUACUGGUAUUUUAAAAUUAAAUAUUAAUGCAACAAUAGAUUAUUCCUUUGCAUAUGUGAACAAUCUUCUUUGCUUCAGCUUAAAGCCUCAAGUCUGCAAAGUCGCUGAUAACGGACAUUGAAAAACAAGAACGUGAAAAUGGGAACAGACAGACUGCUUGGUCAACUGAACACCGGCAGUGGUCCCAUUAGGGUUGGUGUCACCCAGGGCGAUUAAUUCACAGUGUGCCCCCUCCAAACUUCCCCAUGUCACCCAGUUGGCACCCUACUCUAGUGGCACCCGGCUCUGGUGGCACCCUGUUCGGGUGGCACUAUGUUCCUGUGGCACCAUUUUCUAGUCCGACCUUUCUCUUGUAUUUAAUUAGAUUUUAAGUGAAUCUGUUAAUUAUGCAUUGUUCCUAUUUUGGUUAGUAAACUGAACAAGGUAUGUGGAAGCUUUAAGUACAAAGACAGGACAAUUAACAGAACGUUUCGGCUAAGAGCCCUCUUCAGGUUUUAAGAGCCUUUUAUCUAAUAAGUAUAUAGUGAGACAAGGAAUGAUAAAAUGGUUACAAAAAAUUUAUAAAUAUAAUUUAAUGUGGAAGUGGCUAUAACCAUAGCAGUCAAUAAUUAAUAAUAGAUAAGUAUUUGAUGGGAGUUAUACUGUGUACGUGUAGAAAUGUAAAAAAAAAUUGUUUGUUUUUCGGUGGAAAGGUAAAGUUGAUUUUUAAAAAAAAAUAGAAUAAAGAAUCCCAACGGAAUAAUCAAAGCAUG